AUGAAUAAUCAUUUUAAUCAAAUGUUUAACAGUGAUUUCAAUGGUUAUUACAACCGGAAUUCAUUUCAAAAUUCAAAUUUUAAUUCGUCUCCACAACAAUUUCGUGGUUUAAAACGAAACAAUAACAUGAGUGUUGGUCAAGGAGAAUCAUUCAGAGAACAACAAUACCAAUCAAGAGAAUUUAUAAAUUCGCCGCCACCCAAACGUCCUUUUCAUUUUAAACAUCAAUAUGAUGCUCCACAAAGUCAUGAUCCCAAUAACUUUCGUCGCAAAGUAACCAAUAACAAAAAUUCAAAUACACGGAAUAAACGAAAAGUAUCAAAUGUUGGCAAUCAGGUCAACAACAACAACAAUAACUUACAAGUUCAAGAAGUUUUCAGGGAAAAUUUUUCAAGUAUACAAGAGCAGAAGGAUCGUGAGUGGACUGAAAGGUUUGAUCAUACAAUGAAACUUUUGGAAAAAUGUAAUCCAGGGAAUGAAAUCGAUUUAAUUUCAUCGUAUCUUCAGCCUUCACGUGAAACCUUUUUCAGAAUGAAGGAAGAAAUUCAACACGAUCUUUCAAGAAUUUUAUCUUCAUUAGAACUUGAAGAUAUUUAUGUUUUCGGUUCAACAUUAACAGGACUUGAUUUUACUGGAAGUGAUUUGGACUUUUACAUCAAACUUCGAAAUCCACCUAGUAGUGAAUUGGAGACCAAACAAAUUCUCACAAGAACUGCAAAAUUAAUUUAUUCGUCAAAUGUAACUGAGAAAACAUUUCGAGUUGUUUGCACAAUACACAAAACAAGAGUGCCACUCGUAAGACUUCUACAUACAGCAACAAAUAUCAUGUGUGAUAUCAAUUUCAGUUCCGUUUUUGGUUAUUACAAUUCACUGUUCAUUAGUUAUAUCCUCAGUUAUGACAAUCGCAUCAAGAAUCUUGCCAUAAUAUUAAAAUUAUGGUCGAAAUGCCAUCAAGUUGCUAAAAGAAUGAUUUUAUCCAACUAUUGUCUAUUAAAUUUAAUGAUAUUUUACCUUCAAAAUAUCCCUUCACCAAUACUUGAUACAAUUGCCAAUAAUCAAGAUUCCAAAGCUCCCAAGAUCAUCAAUCAAAAAUGGAACUUUUUCUUCAAUGAUCAAAUUUAUAUUGGACAAGGAAAUGAUAAAACUUUGCGUGAUCUUCUUGUUGGUUUCUUUGAUUUCUAUUCAAACGUGGAUUACGGAAAUUUAGCUGUUUGCCUUCACAGCGGAAGAUUGAUUCAAAAAUCUAUAAUUCUGUCAAGUUUACAAGAUUUUUCACAACAGAAUGAUGCAAAUCCACAAACGAUGAGAACUGAUCCGAGUCUUUGUUUCAAAAAUGAAAAGAAUGUUGAAUUCUUCUUCAAACUUAUUAAAACUUCACACAAUAAAUGUAUACAACUGCAAGAGAAACCUUUUUCGGAACUUCUUCUAACACUUUUCAACGACUUUGAAGGAAUAAGCAAGAAGAAUGUUGCGAAACCUCAGAAGAAAUUUCAAAUGACGGUUCAUGCUGUCGCUUCUCAUUUGAAGAUUUGUGAAGCUAUUCUUAGAGCAAAAUGUGAAAGCGACCUUUGCAGUGAUGAAGAACAGCGAAAAUUAUUCUUCAACAAUGUCGUGAAUUAUACGAAAAAACUUCUUGCAGACUUUUAUCUCUGCACAAUUACUGAUGACAAAAAUCUUGCUCAAGACGAAAUGAAGACAAAUUAUCGAGUGGUUUUGAAGGAAGAUACUGUUAAUGGACGGAAAAAGAUGAACUUCAAAGACGACAAAUCUGCAAACACUGAAAUUGAGUUAUCGAAGAAAAUACGCGACAAUAAAAACAAAUUUGAUUUAGACGCAGUUGUGGAAAUUUCAUCAGUAAAUCAAGGACAAUCUGUUGAUAUCAGUAUGACUGAAAAUCAGACGAAAAAAUCAUCAAUCGCAAACUUUGGCAACUUUUUUUCCAUUAAUCUUACUGAAGCGAUUAAAUAUUUUCUCAAAAAAGAUUUGGAAGUUCUGACAGUUAAAAAAGAAGAAAAAGGAAACUCUUAA